AUGAACGCCGCUAGAGCGUCGCUCGUGCGACGAGCACGACCUUCACGAAUAGUUCUACCUUCAUGGCAACACUCGAAAGCCACACCCCUGGCAGUCCCCGUUGUAAGAGCUAUUGCGGCUCCUCGUUCGAUAUUACCGACAUCCUCUUUCGUACGGACGUAUGCCAAUGGACGACCUCACCCUCCUGGAGGAACUCACCGCAUGAACAUGGGAGGCGAGCCUGAAAAGCCUGCUUUGGAAGAGUAUGGGGUUGAUCUAACAGCCCGGGCAAAAGAUGGCAAACUCGACCCGGUCAUCGGAAGAGACGCUGAGAUUCACCGCACGAUUCAGAUCCUGUCUCGCAGAACGAAGAACAACCCGGUUCUGAUCGGUGCCGCAGGGACAGGCAAAACCGCCAUUCUCGAAGGACUCGCACAGAGAAUAGUCAGGGGGGAUGUGCCUGAGAGUAUCAAGAAUAAGAGGGUCAUUGCUCUGGACCUGGGGCAGCUGAUAGCCGGAGCCAAAUUUAGAGGUGACUUUGAAGAGCGGCUGAAGAAAGUCCUGAAAGAGGUUCAAGAUGCUCAGGGUGGUGUGAUUCUUUUCAUUGACGAACUGCAUACCCUGCUCGGCCUCGGCAAGGCAGAGGGCUCUAUCGACGCCAGCAACCUGCUCAAACCGGCUUUGUCUCGCGGCGAACUCCAAUGCUGCGGCGCAACGACUCUCAAUGAAUACCGCCAAAUCGAGAAAGACGUUGCGCUUGCACGGCGUUUCCAACCCAUUCAAGUUGGCGAACCUUCGGUCCAAGACACUAUCUCUAUCCUGCGCGGUAUCAAGGACCGCUAUGAGGUUCACCACGGUGUUCGCAUCACAGAUGGAGCUCUCGUGGCCGCUGCGACAUACAGCAACCGCUACAUUACUGAUCGCUUCCUGCCGGACAAGGCCAUUGAUCUGGUGGACGAAGCUGCAUCCGCUCUGAGACUACAACAGGAGUCGAAGCCUGACGCCAUCCAAACCUUGGACCGUGAAAUUAUGACCAUCCAGAUCGAGCUUGAAUCCUUGCGCAAGGAAACAGACAUAGCAUCCAAAGAACGCCGACAGAAGCUUGAAGAGACUCUGGCAGAGAAGAAAAAAAAAGUCGACCGUCUAACUGAGAUAUGGGAUCGUGAAAAGGCCGAGAUCGAAGCUAUCAAGCGUACGAAGGAAGACCUUGAGAAAGCCCGACAAGAGCUAGAGCAAGCCAGGCGAGAAGGAAACUUUGGUCGCGCAGGUGAACUCCAAUACGCCACCAUUCCCAAACUUGAAGCGCAGCUACCUCGAGAAGGUGAGGAGGUCAUAUCUACCACCAAGAAUGGAGAAACUCUCAUCCACGAUUCAGUCACGGCCGAUGACAUUGCCAAUGUCGUGAGUCGGACCACAGGCAUUCCGGUGACCAAGCUCAUGGCUGGUGAAGUCGAGAAGCUAGUCAAAAUGGAAGACAAGCUGCGAGAACAUGUCCGUGGCCAAGAUGAAGCUCUCACUGCAGUCGCCAACGCAGUUCGAAUGCAGCGCGCAGGCCUUAACGGGGAGAACCGCCCACUGGGUAGCUUUAUGUUCUUGGGACCUACCGGUGUUGGUAAGACGGAGCUCUGUAAACAAAUCGCCAACUUCCUUUUCAGCACAGAAACUGCCGUGGUCAGAUUCGACAUGUCAGAAUUUCAGGAGAAGCACACCGUUUCCCGAUUGAUUGGUGCCACAGCUGGCUACAUUGGCUAUGAAGACGCAGGACAGCUCACAGAAGCCGUUCGACGAAAGCCGUAUGCGGUUCUUCUCUUCGACGAAUUCGAAAAAGCACAUCGCGACAUCUCGAGCCUACUGCUGCAAGUGCUGGACGAAGGUUUCUUAACCGAUGCCCAAGGCCACAAGGUGGACUUCCGAAACACUCUGAUCGUGUUGACGAGCAACCUCGGCGCCGAGAUCCUGAUCGGCAGUGGUGCCGAUGUGGAGUCUGUGACACCUGAGCAAAAGAAGGCCGUCAUGGAAGUCGUGCAAGCCUCGUACCCGCCAGAGUUCCUCAACAGGAUUGACGAGUUCAUCAUCUUCAACAAGCUGUCCAGGUCGGCAUUGAGAGACAUUGUGGACAUCCGAAUCCGCGAACUUCAGGGACGUCUGGACGACCGCAGAAUGACGCUCGACGUCUCACCCGAGGUCAAGGACUGGCUGUGCGACAAGGGCUAUGAUCCCCGUUAUGGAGCCCGGCCACUGAACAGGCUGAUCCAGCACGAAAUCGGAAGGAAGCUUGCCGACAGGAUCAUCCGAGGUGAUUUGAAGACAGGGGAUAGCGCAAAGGUCAUUGUGAGCGACGGCGGAGAGGCCUUGGGUUUGCAGGUGCAACCUAGAGCAUAG